UACAGAAUGCUUCUCAGGCAUAUAAUCUCGGUGGCCGUAGCCUGGCGAAUGGUUUCUGCAAUACCCACAACAAAGCGAGGGGUCAACUUUGCCUGGGGAUCUGAAAAGAUACGAGGCGUCAAUAUUGGGGGCUGGUUGGUCCUUGAACCUUGGAUCACUCCUUCAAUAUUUGAAGGCCUAGGGCGAGACGACGUUAUUGAUGAGUUCACCUUGGGGGAAAAGCUAGGCCAAGAUGCGGCACUUGACAUUUUAAGAACUCACUGGGACACGUGGACUACGUUCUCCGACUUCCAAAGGAUCAAAGACUCGGGCUUCAACCUCGUCCGCAUUCCCAUAGGCUACUGGGCAUAUGAGACAUUCGGAGCCCCAUAUGUCCAGGGAGCAGCCCCAUACAUCGACGCCGCAGUAGACUGGGCCCGCGCCCUGGGUCUGAGAAUCAUCAUCGACCUGCACGGCGCCCCCGGCUCUCAAAACGGCUUCGACAACUCGGGCCAACGCGUCUCAACCCCAGGCUGGCAAACCGGCUCAACAGUCUCGCAAACCCUCUCAGUCCUCAACACCAUCUCCACCAAAUACGCCACGCCAGCCUACCACGACGUCAUCAUAGCCAUCCAAGUCCUCAACGAACCCCUCUCCCCAAAACUCAACCAAGACACGCUCCGCCAAUUCCACCGCGACGCCUUCAACGGGAUCCGCACCUCCUCAAACGACACCAUCGUCGUCCUCCACGACGCCUUCCAGCCCCCAGCCUCCCUAAACGGCUUCCUCACCCCCUCAGACAACAACGCCCAAAACGUCGCAAUCGACCACCACGAGUACCAAGUCUUCGACCCCGCCCUCGUCGCUCUCUCCCCAUCCCAACAUGUCCAACAAGUCUGCACCGCCGCAUCCGCAUACAGUUACGCAGAUAAGUGGACGUUCGUCGGGGAAUGGACGGGCGCUAUGACGGACUGCGCGCCGCUGCUCAACGGCCGCGGCGUAGGCGCCCGUUUCGACGGUUCGCAUCCGGACGCGGCCGGCGUCGUUGCCGGGGAUUGUACCUGGCGGAGCGAUGUUUCCAGGUGGACUCAACAGUACAAGGACGACACGAGACGCUAUAUUGAGGCGCAGAUGGCGGCGUUUGAGGCCCGCACCCAGGGGUGGAUCUGGUGGAAUUUCAAGACUGAGGCUGCGGCGGAGUGGGAUGUUUUUAGGUUGAUUGAGGCGGGGGUUUUUCCGCAACCGAUCGAGGAGAGGAGGUUUGAGGUUAUGUGUUGAAUUAUGGCGAGGGUGGUUGUUUGGGGGGCGGGGCCUCAUUCGCUUCAAUUUUUUUUUUGGUCUGCCUUUCGUUGGGGAAUAGGGGGCGGACAAAUUCACUCGUUCUUUCUCCCAUACACUGUAUUUAGAAGUAGCAGUAU